AUGAAUUCUCCAAGAGCAGAAACUCUGGAUUUAGAAUUAAAUGACACUAUCAACAAGAUCUAUAAUGGUUGUUAGAAGAUCAAUGAUAAACAUCUCAAAAUAAGGAUAUUGCAAUGGCUGGAUAAAGUGAGAACGCCAACUCAUAAUUUUAUUUGGAAAUAGAAUUCUUUAUUAUAUGCUCGUGUUCUAUUGGAGAUGACUCUUGAAAAAUAAUUAGACAAACCCUUUAGAGGAGUGCCUCCAGAUGGGCCAUUGCCGAGAUUGGACAAAUUUGAUGUCUAAGCCUCAACAGGUUUGGCAGAAACUGAAACAAGUUCAGUAGGCCCAAUCUCCCAGGAAACCUUUGGGGAUGAUUUUGAAUAGGAACCUGACUCCAAAGUUGAAGACUGA